GUGUGUGUGAGAGAGAGCCUGUGUAUGGGGGGGUGGGGGGUGCCCAGCAGUGACCUGCAGGUGCUCUUAUCCUCUGAACUAAACUCUCAAUCAGCAAAUUGUGAAGGUCUCCACAUAGAGCAGUGGUCAGUCAGAGAGCAGAGAUGGUGAGAGGUCGGUGACCCAGUGAGGGUUGUGCGGUGCUGUCAAUGACAAGUGGCGAGAAGAGAGUGACUGUUAUCGUGUCUCUCAGUCCGUAUCGUACUGCGUAAUUGAUCACCACCUAUUGUGGUAAAUGCAAAGCAGCCCGAGGUAUGGAUGUGGGACAUUGCUCGCUGGUAAUGUCUGCCUUUACCCCACACCCUCUCUCUGCUGACUCUCAGACAGGCACAGGGGAGUGGCUCUUCAUUCCAGCGAAGAAAACAAUCACGCCGGGCAGUAAGGCUGAAGUCGCCGGUCUGUGUGUGGGCGACAUUAUCCUGACCAUUGACGGAGUGCAGACUGAAGGCAUGACCCACCUACAGGCGCAGAACACCAUCAAGGCCUGUGGCGAUGAAAUGGCCCUCCUCAUCAACAGGAGUGAGUCUAGGAUCUGGUCGCCACUGACGAAAGAGGAAGGAAAACAACAUCCGUAUAAGAUGAACCUGGCGUCUGAUCCUGAGAGACCACGCUAUACCCAGGGCACCAGUUGGUCGGCUCCGUGUCCACCCUCAGUGCCCGGGCCGGGCCUCCGCAGCUCCUUCUCCUCCCCUGGCUCGUACAAAGCUGCCUUUGCCGCUGUCUACCCUGCAGCCAUUGGCCUGGCUCGGCGACACAGCACCUCCUCCAUCCCCAGCCGGCUCCGGGCUGAGCCCCAGCAGCUGAAGCACAUGGCCCGCUUUUGCCGCCAGGGCCAGAUGGAGGUGGACGUGCCCGGUCUCCGUGUCCUCCACAAGCAGUUUAACUCCCCGCUGCAGCUCUACUCCCAGCAAAACAUCCUGGACAGUUUACAGGGGCAGAUCUCCUCGCUCAGCCCCAUGCACACCAGUGUUGAGCCGGUAUUCCCUACGCCCGUCCCCAUCACACACACUGAUUCCGAGGUUUACAAAAUGCUGCAGGAAAACCAGGAGUGUGACGAGCCACCACGCCAGUCCGCCUCCUUCCGGGUGUUACAGCAGAUCCUGGAGUCAGAAGGCAAUGGAGAGCUGGAGAAGCCCAGCGGGUUCCGCAGUGUGAAAGCCCCCGCCAGCAGAGUGGCCUCCUCGAUUGGGAGCGGGCAGACACUGCCAAUGUGUGAGCUGUGUGGUACUGCCAUUGU